CCUUAAUCAACACUUUCAAGCACCGCACAGAACUGGCGUUGCCCCAGCUGCCAACCGCGGCCUUCGAAGAAAAGAUGCAACUCACCACGAUCGCGACCUUUGUCUCCCUUGCCGCUCUUGGGGUGGCUCCAUCUGUGUUGUCACAGAGCAUCCCGAUUAGCGCCACAGCCUGCACUCCUGGGCAAUACGCAUGCGGCUACAGAAACGGACAAGACGCUAUCUACAUUUGCAGCAACGGGCGGCUAGAGUUUGCGGCCAGUUGCGGUACUGGUCGCUGCGAGUCGAUCGCUGGUGUUCCCCACUGCGUAUAAGCCGGAAGGGAACCAAGCAACUCCCUGGAGCGGCCUCUAAUAGAGCAUCUGCUGUCUGCUGUCAAAAGAUGCCUAUUAUACCGGAACCCCAGCAUGUCUCAUCAGACUUGCUGGGUCAUUCUGGAGGCUAAAACCCGUGGCAAAAGCACACAUGAACAGCAAUCCACUGCGAUGUCUUGGGCCGCUCAUUAUGAAAUUUCAUAGCUAAAUAUAUCCGGAUAUAUAUUUCUCUUCAAUCC